CGAACCGCCGCCAUAUUCUUGCAAUAUCUAACGUUGGAAUUGGCCUUUUUUGUGGUAUUUGCCUUUGUUCUUCUCAAGAUUUCGCGUAUGAAAUCCUGAAAAAAUAUUUCUUCGGUGAUUGAUAAAGUAAUUUCUAGAAAAUAGCCGACAAGCGUUGCUAGAAUUGUCGCCGCAAAUUGUACAAAGAGAAAUAUUGCCGGUGCCUUGGAACAACGCCGGUGUGUUCGCUCGAGACGAAUGUGCAGUGCUUACAGCCAAGAGUGGAAAGGCGAAAACUCCCCGAAACUAUAAGUCGCUCAGUCCUCUGGCCACUGUAUCGGAGCUGGAGUCAAAGAACAUAUUAUCUUUUGAAAACAGCGGAGAAGAAAACGCUGUGUAAAACUAUGGCUAACACAGCUCGUGCUAGAGUAUACUCGGAUGUAAAUGUGCAUCGGCCAAGAGAGUAUUGGGAUUAUGAAUCUCAUGUUAUAGAAUGGGGGCAACAAGAUAGCUAUGAACUUGUUCGCAAACUGGGUAGAGGAAAAUAUAGUGAAGUCUUUGAAGCGAUAAACGUCUCAAAUGAAGAGAUUGAGAAAGUGGUAGUUAAAAUUUUAAAGCCUGUUAAAAAGAAGAAAAUAAAGAGAGAGAUAAAAAUCUUAGAAAACCUGAGAGGAGGACCCAAUAUUAUUAAUCUUCUUGAUGUCGUAAAAGACCCUGUGUCCAGGACACCAGCAUUAGUUUUUGAGUAUGUUAACAACACAGAUUUUAAGCAACUGUACCAGAAAUUUACUGAUUAUGACAUCCGAUUUUACUUAUAUGAACUUCUGAAGGCCUUGGACUAUUGUCACAGUAUGGGGAUAAUGCACAGAGAUGUCAAGCCACAUAAUGUUAUGAUUGAUCAUGAAAAGAGACAGUUACGACUAAUAGACUGGGGUUUAGCUGAGUUUUAUCACCCAGGUCAAGAGUACAAUGUACGAGUGGCUUCCAGAUACUUCAAAGGACCUGAAUUACUGGUGGAUCAUCAAGAGUAUGACUAUUCCCUUGACAUGUGGAGUUUUGGCUGCAUGCUGGCUAGUAUGAUUUUCAGAAAAGAACCCUUCUUCCAUGGACAUGACAACUAUGAUCAACUUGUCAGAAUUGCCAAAGUUAUAGGAACAGAUGAGCUUUUUGAGUAUGUCGAGAAGUACCAUAUAGAAUUAGACCCAAGAUUCAACGACAUCUUAGGGAGACAUUCAAGGAAAAGGUGGGAAAGAUUCACUCACUCAGAAAAUGAACUUUUAGUAAGUCCUGAAGCAAUUGACUUGCUGGACAAGCUCCUAAGAUAUGAUAUAGCGGAGCGCCUUACUGCGAGAGAAGCCAUGGAACAUCCAUAUUUCCAUCCAGUUGUGAGACAGGAACAACAAAGACUGGCACAGACUAUAAUCUCUCCAGUCCCUAUGCAGUCCAGUGGAACACCGACGCAACAAAUUGUUUCGCCCAUCCCAGCUUCGCCAACAUCGCCCCUGCCCAAUUCAACCCCUGCAUGACAAGAUUAUAACUGUAGUCAAAGGGAUGUGGGUACGUGGGCUUAACCUGGAUCUUUUUCACUGAGAAAAGGAUAGUUUGCCUCAAUGGGUGCAAUUUUUCAACAAGAUUACAACUGUAUUCAAAAGGAUGUGGUACAUGGGCUUAACGUCCAUCUUUUCUCACCGAGAAAAAAUGCUUUUCGUGCAUGUAAAUGUACAUGUAGAUGGGUGCAAUUUUCAACAAUAUAUUUAAGGGUCUAGGUCAAGCUAUUUUUGGCAAUUCUAGGUGUUUUGCCUUUCUAGUUUAAUAAUGAAAAUAGUCUGAUGAAAGCGAGUGAAUACUAUACAUGUAGGUGUUUCUAAAGAACAGACUAGAUUUCUGAUUUUUUUAGUUACGAUGUUGAAUUCUGUUUCAGCCGUUUACUCAAUGUUUCUGUUAUUUGUGCCAUUGUAGUUGGUCAUCUUUUUAUAUAGUUUUCAGCUGUUUGAUUUAGAACCAGUUAUAUUCUUUGAACAAUUCGCUUAAAGUAGCGUGACCUAGCCACCGAUGCAGUCACUUUUUGAGCUUGUCGCGCAAUCUUUCCUCAACGCGUGGCGUGUCCACGUGGGUGUGGUUCGAGUUCAUUUGACCCCUAAAAGACACCACUUUAACACAGAGAGACAAGUAUAGGUUACAAUGAUUUAAGUAAUGAUAAAAACAAUGUUAUCAAAAACUUUAUCCUAUAGAUAGAUUGUAAAAGCAUUGCCUUAAAACUCCAGGUAUUUCUCCAUGUGUAACCCUAAAAGAUACCUUCGUGUUUUGUCCUGGACACCCUAAGUGAGACCAAAAGCCAAAGCCUUUUCACAUGGGAGCAUCCCCCCCCCCUCCCCUACUCCACUCCCGGGACGUGCCCAGAGAGUGUCUGCAUACGAGUCUAAAGAUGAUAAAGCCCUUUAAACUAUUUGACAUUUCUAGUUAGCUUGCCUAGAUAUAGGGGACGUAAAACCUGACAUUGUUGUGCAAAGCAAAAAGUUCUUGUCAAAGUUGCAUCAAUUUUGCCCGUGACAACAUGAGGCAAUGUUGUCAAAGUACCAUUAUUAUUUUUACAAACAUAUUUUAAAUAAGAUAUUUCAUCCUUUUCCCAAACUUUAAAUGUAGAAUGUUGAAGAGGGUAGAACAUUUUCGUUUCCCUAAUUUGAUUCAAAAAGGCCAACUUAUAACAUGUUAUCCCACAUUUCUUUGGAAACAGGGUUAAUUAAUGAGUGAGGAGGUAGUCCUUGCAGAUGUUGCCGCUCAUAAGAACUUCCAUAGUUGAUACUCAGUUUUCUUUUUGAGCGAUGUAAAUUAUUGUUUUAGCUACAGUCUUAUUAAUGUGACUGUCAUAUAUCUUGUAAAGUGUCUUGGUUAUCGACUCGCUUUCUUCUGUUGACAUUGUGAUUUGCAACCUUCCAAGUAUUGUUGUGUUUGUGAAGACGAGAAAAGUACACUGCAUGGCGGCGGCCAGUGUGCUGGUAGUUAGCCACUUGGGUCUUUGUAUUGUAUGUUGAUAUCUUUGUAAAAUAUAUUCUUACAGAAGUAAGUUGGGGUAGAUCUUUGAACUUGGUCCUCUACGUAGCUGAAAAUAAACAAAAUGAGUGUGCUGUCA